AUGAGUGCCAGGUCACAGAGUUCUUGGAUUGACGACACCUUCUGCAAGAGAGAGUGUAUUAAAUUCAUCCCAGCAUGUGGAGACAUACACAGAUGCUACUGCGGACGUCUGGUAGGGGAGCACACCUGGCUGGAGACUGGCCCCUUCAUCUCCCACUGGCCUGGGCCCCAGGCAGUGCAAGAAGAGAGGUGGUCAGUGGAGUGUCACACACAAGCCAGUGCCACCGAUGCCUACGGAACCAUUGACUUCCAGGACAGCGCUGACCGUAACUGCCAUGCCAAGUACGUUCGUGUUGCGGUCGACACAAAGGCUGAGGCUCUGCUGCAGCUGAUGCUGAGGGAGUGGCAGAUGGAACGGCCUAAACUACUGCUGACGGUCCACGGGGGAGCAGAGAACUUCCCUCUCCCCCUCAAGGUUAGACAGGCCUUCAGCAAAGGCCUGAUAACUGCAGCCCAGAGCACUGGAGCCUGGAUAUUCACAGACGGCAUCAACACAGGUGUGUCCCUGUAUGUAGGGGAGGCUGUGAAAGCAUACGGCACCAAUGGCCGCAGGAAGAGGAACGCUGUAGGGGUCACGCCCUGGGGCGUAAUUGACAACCACGGUGACCUUAUAGGGAGAGAUGUGCUCAGGCCUUACCAGCCCCUGAGAAGCCCCUUGAGCAAAACUGUGUGUUUGAACAGCCUGCACUCCCACUUCCUGUUAGUGGACGAUGGAACUCUGGGGAAACAUGGCUGCCAGCUGGGACUCAGGAGGAAGCUGGAGAGACACAUUCAACUGCAGAAGAUCCAUCCUAGGGUUAACCAGGGUGUGCCAGUGUUGUGUGUGGUGGUGGAGGGCGGCCCUGACAUUGUGUCCAUGGUGUUGGACUAUGUGAGCAGUGUGCCCCCCGUGCCUGUGUUCGUCUUCGAGGGAUCAGGCCGGUCGGCUGACUUGCUGGCAUUCUUGCACAAACAGACCGCUAUGGAUAGGUGUGCAGUGCCACUCUCGUCAUCUAUACUUUUUUUCAGGUUUUCGCUCUCAAAAUCACACUUUAAGCAGCUGGACACAGACAUCAAGGAGGACUUCCUUCUGAGGAUAGGGGGCAUGUUUGGUCUGGAGAGAGCAGACGUCAACCAGCUCUACAACCUUCUGAUGGAGUGUAUGGACUACAGACAGUCUAUCACAAUCUUCGACUCGGAAUCCGAAGAUCAACAGGAGGCAGACUGCGCCAUUUUGAUGGCCACACUGAAAGGUACCAAGUCAUCUCCAGCGGAGCAGCUCGGUACGGCUCUGGCUUGGGACAGAGCAGACGUGGCUAACAAACACAUCCAAGUGUACGGCCAGUACUGGCAGGUUGGCUCGUUGGAGCAGGCCAUGCUGGAUGCUCUCAUAAUGGACCGGGUUGGCUUUGUCAAACUGUUGAUCGACAAUGGUAUGUCCAUGAACCGCUUCCUGACCGUUUCACGUCUGGAAGAGCUCUAUAACACGCAACAGGGACCAACAGACAAUUUCCUCCAUCACCUUGUGGAAGAUGUGAAACAGAGCCAUAUACCCAAAGGAUACAGAGUCUCCCUCAUCGACGUGGGGCAGGUGAUUGAGUAUCUGAUUGGAGGAGCCUAUCGAAGCACAUACACACGAAAACACUUCCGGGCCUACUAUAACCACUUACAUGCCCACUGCAUGGAGAGAUCCAUGGUCCCCAGGGACCCGAAGGAAGCCCAGCAGCAGAGCUCCAAGCUGGGCGACUCUUCUCUGGUAGUGUUCAACUUCAACGACCUGUUUGUGUGGGCCGUGCUGCAGAGGCGCCAGCAGAUGGCGCUGUUCCUGUGGCAGCAUGGGGAGGAGGCCAUGGUCCGGGCUACUGUGGCUUGUAAGCUGUACCGCGCCAUGGCCCACGAGGCUAAGCAAAGCAACAUGGAUGACACCACAGCGGAGCAACUCAAAACCUACUCGCUGGACUUUGGUCAACUGGCUGUAGACGUGCUGGACAAUGCCUUCAGGCAGAACGAGCGCAUGGCCAUGAAGUUGCUGACCUCGGAGAUGGAGGCCUGGAGCCACUUCACCUGCCUGCAGAUGGCCGUGUCCUCCCGGCUCCGCCCCUUCGUCUCCCACUCCUGCACCCAGAUGCUGCUCACCGACCUGUGGACCGGCCGCCUCAACAUGAGGAAGAACUCCUGGUUCAAAAUCAUCCUGAGCAUCCUCAUGCCCCCUGCCAUCCUGCUACUAGACUUUAAGAGCCAGGCGGAUAUGUCCCAUGUACCCCAGUCCCAGGAGGCUUUGCAGUUUAUUUGGGACACGGGGAGACCAGAGGCAGCCCAGGAGGAGGGGCAUACAGUAACUCAGGAGGGCCAGGAUGUGGAGAAGGGGUCAGCAUGCUGGGAGAGGAUCUCAGACCCCGAAGCUGACACAGUCAUACCCGUUACCACCCCGUGUCUCUUCUGGACCAGGAGGCUGUACGAGUUCUACAACACUCCGGUCGUCAAGUUCAUGUUCCACACGAUGUCCUACCUGGCCUUUCUCAUGCUGUUCUCCUACACUGUUCUGGUGAAGAUGGAGGACCGGCCCAGCACUCAGGAGUGGCUUGUCAUUGUCUAUAUUGUAUCCACCGCGGUGGAGAAAAUAAGAGAGGUGUUCAUGUCGGAGCCGAGGAAGCCCAGUCAGAAGCUGAAGGUGUGGUUCGGAGAGUACUGGAACGUGUCUGACUUCCUGGCCAUCCUCCUCUUCCUGGUGGGGCUGGCACUGCGCUGGCACAGCGGGUCCUACCGGACGGCAGGGCGGAUCACCUACUGCCUGGACAUCAUCUUCUGGUAUGUCCGGAUGCUGGACCUGCUAGCGGUCAACCAGCACGCUGGACACUACCUCACCAUGAUCACCAAGAUGACCAGUAACAUGUUUUACAUUGUGGUCAUGAUGGCCAUCGUGCUGCUGAGUUUCGGGGUGUCCAGGAAGGCCAUCUUAUCUCCAGACGAAGCUCCGUCAUGGAGCCUGCUCAGAGAUGUGGUCAACCAGCCAUACUGGAUGAUGUUUGGAGAAGGGUACCCCGAUGAAAUAGACGGUGAGUAACUACUAACCGGUGACCAGUUACAGUUGUGCUUCCCCUGUGCAGAAGGCAAGCCGUGUGCCCCCGGGGCUUUCCUCCACCCUUUCCUCCAGGCCGUCUACCUCUUCUUCCAGUACCUCAUCAUGGUCAACGUCCUCCUUGCCCUUCUCAACAAUGUCUACUUUAAAAUGAAGUCCACGUCCAAAAAGCUGUGGAUGUACAACCGUUACCGUUACAUUAUGACCUAUCAGGAGAAGCCGUGGCCCCCGCCCCUCAUCAGCCUGAGUCACGUGACCCUGUGUGUGACCGCCAUUUACCGGAAACACAGGGGCUUAUCUGAGAAGGAGAGGGACUCCUGUCGGCUUAAGCUUUACCUCGGCCGAGAGGAGCUGAAGAGGCUUCAUGAGUUUGAGGAUAGGUGUGUGAUGGCGUAUUUCCACAAGAAAAAACAAGAUGUUCUCUGCAGCCAGAUCCACAGGAUCCGAACCACUGCAGAAAGGGCUGAGGAGAUGGGUGUAGUUAUUGGUGAGGUGUCUGAAAGGGUCCAUUUCAUCCAGGACAGCCUGCAGGUGCUGGACAGCCAGCUGGGCCAGCUGCAGGUCCUGUCCGCCCUGGCCGUGGACACCCUCACCCUACUGUCGGCCUCUGACAGCCUGCAGCAGAAGGAAGCCCACCUGGGACACUGCCGGCCAAUUGCCCACUCCCAUCACCACUCACCCAACAGCUGUACCCUCCCCCACAUUGACAUCACGCCCUGCCACACACCCAAGGCCUACCACAGCACCCCACCAUCCCUGCUGUGGGGCCUCACCUCCCUCAGCCACCGUCCGCCACUGGAGUGGCACCCGGGAACAUGGGGGGACAGUGGCCGUGAGGGGUGGGGGGCUGGCGAGACAAAAGAGGAAGAGGAGGUACAGAGUAUCAUGGUGCAUCACGGUGGCGAGGUAUGGCCGGUUGGUUUUGGCUUUGGCCCGCAUGACUCUCUGCCUCACCUGGGCGGUGCAGGGCUCAGAGACAAGACCCCCUGUGAGUCGUGCGGGCCUUCCCACUGUGGCUCUCCCCUGCACCCCUGGACCUGGGCUGUAGAGGGUUCUCUGGAAAACCCCCACUGCAAACCCUGGGCCUACUACGACCCUGAGAUGUCCAUGGAGGAGGACAAAGAGGGGGAGGUUGGGCAGCCCUUUAAUGUGGAUGUGUCGAGGGCCUCUAGCCAUGACUUUCUGUUGUUGGACCCCCAGGACGAGAGAGGCUGUGGGGCCAUGGGUUUGGUGAACCCUUCCUUCUGUAAGGAUGACGACCCUGGGGCAGCUAGCUCCAGACUGGGCCAGUGGGGCAGGAAGUGUCCUCAUCGGUGGACAUGUCUGUCCAAGGACCAGCCGCAUAGACACAGGCGCUCUCCUUCCUCUAGCAUGGACAACAUGGCUCUAUCUAAUCCCUCCCUGAGGCCAUUACAAGCCUCUUUCCCCGCCCUCGACUGCCUAUCAGGGGAGCGGAUCUUCACAGCUGACAUACCCCUUGGCUGCAGUAAAAGCAGAGAGUGGUCCAAGUCGUCUGACCUGGCGAUGACCUCAGGGAGCAGAGAGAGGUGUCAGGCCAGGAAAACAGUCAAGAUUUUGGAGGGGAGUUCUUCAGAUGCUGUGGACUCUUACCUUUCUGACGUGUGCAGGAAGAGGAGGCACAGGGGAGGAGAGCCUGUGUGCUGGUCUGCAUCUGCUAGCCUCAACAAGUUCGAUUUGGAACCCCUGGAUACUUUGCAGAAAGAGCAUUUUUCACGUCAGGAUUCUAGUCAGUCCGUGUUGACCAGCUGGGCCUGCUCUGUCAGCCGCAGGUCCUCAGUGCAGGGUGGGAUCACACCUGAAGACCUGGACCCACACUACUCAGCCAUGGAAAAGAACAACCUGAUGAGGCUUGCUCACACCAUACCUUUCACACCUGGCUCCAUAAUGGCGGGAGAGGAGGUGAGUGUCUACUCCCUGGAGGAGGUAGAAGCUGCAGGUGCGGAGUCCUCCGUAAUCUCCUGGUCGCCCCGGGGGCUGUCUGCAGUGCUGCAGCCGCUGUCCAGCGAGGGCUGUCUAGAUGGGGCCCUGCGCAGGGCCAUGCGCGUGUUGUGUACCUGGGCCGAGGGGGACAUCCUGAGUGUGGGCUGUGUGUACGUGGUCAAAGCCUUCCAGCCCAAGGUGAUCCGAACCUGGCAGAGGGUCUUCCACAGCGACACCCCCCUCCAACUCUGUCUGCGGGAGAUACAGCAACAGAGAGCUGCUCAGAAACUCAUGCACGUGUUCAACCAAGUCAAACCAGAAAACGUGCCCCUUUCUCCCAGGUUCCUGGAUGUGUCUCUUCUUCACUGUCACUCAGACGGACAGUGGUUGACCAUAGAGAGGAACAUGUUGGGUGACUUCAGGAAGUACAACAAUAACACCGGAGAGGAGAUCACCCCCUGCUGUGGAAUGGAGGAAACGCUCCUGGCCUUCUCCCACUGGACCUACCAAUACUCCUGUAGAGAACUACUGGUGCUGGACAUACAGGGAGUGGGGUCGGAGCUUACAGACCCAUCGGUCAUCCGAGCGGACGACAAAAGCUUGACUGGUGACAUGGUGUUUGGUCCUGCUAACCUGGGAGACACUGCCAUCCAGAGCUUUGUCCUCAAACACACCUGCAACUCCUGUUGCAAGAACCUCGGACUCUCGGAUUUGAAGAGGAGCACAGACAGCUGCGGGAAAACAGAACACAGAUCUUCUGAAGAGGAAAGUGGAGGGAUCGUGACCAGAGUGUAACCUCUGACUUGAAAGCAGAAGUCCGCCAUCCUAACCACUGCUUCAGGUGGGAUGAAGUUGCCAUUAAAUCAUAAAGACACUGAUCAGUUUAGUUUCUUUCUCCCGAAAUGGUUAUGGAUAGGAAUAGGGAAGGCUUACUUGAUCCAGAGGUGUGCUUAAGGGAAACUUCUACCAUGAAUAAAAGCACUCACUUGGGGCUUUGCAUGGAUAGUGUACAUUGUAUAACGUCAUGUGGACUACCUCUUGUGUUAGAUGGCUGGUAGGGCUUUGGUUUAAAAAAUGAUUAACAUUGCACUAGUCUCAACAGCAAGCCAGAUGCCGUAGUCUUGCAUUCGUUCCAACUAUGGCGUGCAUAGUGGAGGGAGGCCAAGGCGAAUACAUUUUAUGUACAUACACUCCCCGCCAUAUUUAUUUGGACAGUGAAGUGAAAUUUGGCUCUGUACUCCAGCAUUUUGGAUUUGAGAUAAAAUGUUUCAUACGAGGUGACGGUACAGAAUGUCACCUUUUGAGGGUAUUUUCAUACAUAUUUGUUUUACCGUUUAGAAAUGAAAGCACUUUAUGUAUCUAGUCCCCCAUUUGAAGUUGUCAUAAGUAUUUGGAGAAAUUCACUUAAAGUGUAUUAAUGUAUUCAAAAGUUCGUAUUUGGUCCCAUGAUCCUAGCACGCAAUGACUAUAUCAAGCAUGUGACAAAACAGGAAACCGUCUUUAGAGACAGUGACCAAAUUGCUCUGGCUGGACUCAAGCAUUUCUUUAUGAAAUUAAAACAAAACUUGAUAAAAAAAUGUAAAAAACGAUUUAUUUAUCAAACAUUGCACAUUAAAGCUUCAAUCUAGGAUUUUUUUUUCUUCAGCAAAACAGUCCCUCUCAAAUGUUUUUUUUUCUGUUUUCAAACACUCAUAUUUUCAUUUUUUUUAGCAAUGCUGAAUGCUAAAAUGUAUUGUUAUGCUGCUGAUGUUCAAACUGGUUACAUGAAAAAAAACUGUUCUUCUCAUCGAGCAUUGGCAUAACUCGGUUGACGCAUGGUUUAUGUCUUACAUUCAGAAUUAAAAUACUAAUACAAGAAUAACUCAACCUGAUCUCUUGGUGGUUGGAAUUCGCACAGCUCAGACUCAAACUAUUACACGUAUAAUGGAUAGCAUAGAUUUUUUGAUACUGCUAUUAGUCCCUUCACAGUUCCCAUUGAAGAUGUCAGCAUUGUUACCCUUAAAAUGCUAGUUUGUGUGUUUGUAUGUGAAUGGAAAAAGAACAAGACAGAAAUGCAUCCAUAACAUUUCUUUUAUUUUUCUUCCCACAA